AUGGCAGGUUUUCCAGUGAUUCAAAUAACAGAAGGAGAAUGGACAUCAGUGAAAUACUGGGACGUUUUGGGCGUAAAAAUUCCAUCGUUUUUCACAAAAGAUCCAGAGGUGCUAGCCGACUAUAUUUCCCGUUUCGAAACCCGACCAGAUGACGUGUUCGUCGUUUCAUAUCCCAAGUCAGGUUCGUGCUCUCAAGGUGCUAUUUACAAUAAUUUAAACCCAAUUAUUGGGUAGUACUCAAAUAAUGCCAUUUCUUAGUCGUAGACGUAGUUAAUUAGGCGCCCCAAACCCCCAUUAUUAAGCAUCUAUGUCCACGUCACGGUCUCCAUCAACGGUGAAGUUGUCCCAAACGAUGAUGAUGAUGAUGAUGAGACGCGACUUAGCAGGACGAUGUGGACGGGCACAAUCGUCGAAAUGGAACAAGUAAAAUCUAUUCCGACGAUGAAACGAUCGCAAAUUAGGGACCUUACGAUCCCACAAAACGUCACUGAAAAACGGACUUACCAGUUCACGUCUUUUCAAACUUUUUAGCUACCGUGAAAAUGACUAAAUAAUCAGCAUGUCACGAGCGUGGGACAAAGAACAAAAUCUGAGUCCCCGACGGGAUUCGAACCGAUGACCUCCCAAACACAGGGCGAGCUGCGGAGAACUCAUGGAGAGCAAGUCCAUGUACUAGGUUAAUAUUUUUCCUUGUCCCAAGCUCUUGAAAUGCGGAUUAAUUCAUUUUCAAAUUUGUUUCACCGAGUUUAAAAUGCAUCCUCUCUUAUUCUUUUUAGCUAUUGUUUUAAAGUUGCGCAAUGAAGCUUUAACCGAAGGGAGGGGUUAAGUCCGGGCUCGUAUGAAUGCAGAAAAUUUCUCGCAGUUUGACUUUCACGUUCCAUAGAGAACUUCGAAUUUGGUCAUUUCGCGUCGUAGGUCCGUAAUCUCAAGAGGUGAAGAUCACGACAACCGGGGCUAUCACAAAACAGCAUUCGUCAUAGCUAUAAAGAAUUUCAUGUAAUUGGGUAAAAUAUUGAAUGUGCACAGUCACUUUUUGAACGUUCAUGUUUAAGAGAACGGAAACGAUAUGUUGCUUCAAUUUUGCAUCGCUCGUUGUCUUUAGGAACAACUUGGGUGCAGGAAAUUGUCUGGCAAAUUUACAAUCAGGGAGCAAUCAGCACCGAAAGACAAAUGUUCCGAUUCCCAUACUUUGAAGGCGCUGCCUGCAGUGCUGUCAGAGAGAUGUUGGUUGACUUUAAAACUCUGCCAAGCCCUCGUCUGAUGAAGACCCACCUUCCUUACCCCACUACCCCUAAAAGUGCAAAAAAAGAUGCUCAGUGUAAAUAUAUUUACGUUGUUCGUAACCCGAAGGAUGUGGCGGUGUCUUACUUUCAUUUCAUGGAGGACUGGAGAAAGCUUGGCAUUUUUGAUUACAGUGGACCAUGGGAAUUCGCUUGCAAGUUGUUCAUUGAGGGCAAUGGUAAGUCUUCAUUUUGUGAAUGGAGAAGUGUACCACAGCACAUUCGCUACUUGCGGGACGCAUUUCGGCUUUGGCCCCCUUCUCGUUUCUAUAGCGACGAAUGACAAACGGUUCCGUAUCCUUUUGUACAUUACACACGGAAAUAAAAUGAUCGUGUUAUCUGUACCAAUCUACGCUAGAUACAGAUUAAGUGGAAUAUUCCGACAGAAGACUCGAUUACACCAGCCUCGUCGUUCAAAGUUUUAUUUACGUCUUUCGUGUUACUAUAAAAUAUAGAUUAGCCCAAGCGUCACUAGCCUGCGGGGCAGGUGUUCGAAAGGGAAGGGGAAGGGAAUUAGGGCGCGAGACCACGCGCGAGGGAGGAGUGAUUCCUGUCUCCCUCGCGCGCCAAAAUUCCCCCUUCCCCUUCCCCUUUUAACGCCUGCUGAGCAAACAGACGAUAUUUCGCGACGCUGCCAUUGGUUUCCUCGCAAAAUGACGUGUGAGGAACGAGCGAAAAAAAAUUCCAUACUGAUGACGUAUCACUACCCAGAUAUGGGUCGUGCUUCUGAUUGGUUGUGCUGCGAGGGAAUUUGCUUCAACCAAUCAGAAGCACUACCCAGAUCUGGGUAGUCACGUCAUCAAAGUGGAAUUUCUGCGCUCGUUCCUCACAUGUCAAUAGGACGCAGACGCUUAUUAUAUUGCAUCUUACUCAGUAAUAUUUUGUUGUCUGUAGUCGCUUGGAACGCUUGGAACGACCAUGUUCUUGAUUGGUGGAAACAUAAAGACGAUCCCAAUGUCUUGUUUCUGAAAUACGAAGAUUUGCACAAGGUAAUUUUGCAGUUUCCUUCUAAUUAGUAGCAUAAAAACUUUUAUUUCAGUGGCAAUAGUUGGAGUGAUACAUACUUGGGAAGUCAUGAUCCCAGGAUAGGAGUAAGAGGAGGGGGAGGGAGGGGGUGGGGCCACUCGGGUAUGUUAAUGUUGGUUAUUACGGACCUUAUUUGGGGAGUUCAGUCUAGUAUAGGGUAGCAAAAUUCACUUUAACUAUAUCUGGUAUAGACUAAGGGUUCCUGGGUCCCAGCGGCACAUCCCCACCCAAAAAGUCCUGAAGUACUCCCCCCGGAUAACGGAUAGCAUCCGUGAGGGCACGAAAAGCCACCAGGUGUAGUUGUAUGAAGAGCAACGGCAUAGCAAUGGACAAGUCGUACUAAAUCCCAGUCUUCACUCUUAAAUAUUCACUUCCGUCUUAGUUGACUCCAGUCCUUGCAGUUCACACUGCACCAAAGUGUGGCACAGAAACUGCUGUCCGAUAUGAGACACUUCUUUUUUCGAUCAGAGCGCCGGCGCAACUUCGCUCCGUUACAGAAAUCGCGCUUGCAAAACACAGUUCUUAAGAAUGAACAUAGGCCCAUCUGGUAUAGUUUUCGUGUCGGCAAAAGAGCAAUAGUGUAAAUAUCAGGGGCACCCAACGACAAUUUUCGGAAAAUUAUCUGUUCGGAAGACGAUUUGAGAUCUAGAAUUUUCGGAUCAUUUUCUGUAAAAUUUCUUGCUUGCCUGGCUCUCCUGGGAUUUUCGAACAUCAAAAAAGUGGUAUAAUUGCCCAUUUUUAACGGAUUUUCACCCUAAAAAGGUCACCUUUGGGUCGCCUUUUUUCUGGCUGAAAUUCUCGAUGAAGGUAAAUUUUGAUCCCUAUAAUUUUCGGAUCACUAUACUUUCAGCUAGGAAAUCCGAACAGAUGAAAAAUUUUUAGGGAUAAAAAUAAGCCUUUAUCUACCGUUUAAAUACUAAAGUACGUUCAACAAUGCUAUGUUUAUGUGGUUUUUAACUAUAUUCUCGUUGGGUGCCCCUGAAAUAUAGCCCCAGAUUAUUGGGAGAGUUAGUUACCCCGAGAUAAACAUCCUACAUACCAAUUGUGAAAACAAUCAUCCUUAUAUCUUUCUCAAUUCAAUUACAUACUUUGAAACAAAAAUUCUGACUUAUCUUCUUUGAGGUCCGUACCGGAGUUAAGGACCGAGUGUCUUUUUCGCUCGGAGGAUUUAGAUUUGACCCGUAACUUGAGCUUGAAGCGCGAGGGCCGUAAGUCGGAACGGAAAAAAACGGGGUUCCUUAACUUGCAGUAUGGAUCGAGAAAGCUAGGUUAGUUAGAUGUCUAUUAUAUAUUUGGGUUAAGUAGACGCUAAAAAGGCAUCGAAGAUUUCAAUUCAAGAAGCACGCUGGGUCGUUGAUAGAAGGCACUUGUCAAAUCCUGAAUUUUUAUGUUCAAAAUCGUGGAUUUGUUUCAUAAAAAAACAUACAGCCCGCAAAACAGACAAAUCCUCGCGCGCGUACUAACUGAGAGAUAAAACAAUCUUAAUCCUUGUUGCUUGGCGCACUGAUGCUUCAACAGACGCAACAUUCUUGGCCAGCAUUGUUGAGAGUUGUUGCGCCCGUUUGCACGUAGCUAAAAGUUUGACCAGUUUCAAACUUUGCGCAACAACACGCAACAACCGGCAAAAACAUACAACAUGGUGUGCAAACGGACGUCACAUGUAGCAUUCACGAUGUUGCGAGUUGUUGGUCAACGAUGUUGCGUCCGUUUACACGGGGCUUAACAGUUUUGCUGGGAGAGGCAGCAUGGCCGAGCGUUUAAAGCGCUAGACUUGUAAUCUAAAGGCCCCGAGUGGAAGUCUCAACAGUGACAGCUAGCUGAAUCUGUUGUUCACGACUGUGAAAUGCAGUAAAAACCCGCAAGUAAGAACCUACAUUUUCCGGAGUUAGCCUAAACAGGUUCUUAUUUAAAUGCACCGUAAUUUUUAGGGAGUUAUUAUAACUCCAAAAAUGGAGUAAAAAUUUUAGGUACAGGAUAACCUCUUUUUGGGUGUUACUUUAACUCCUAAUUUAACUCCGAAUUUGGGGUAAUUUUUACUCCUGAAAAAGAGUUCUUUUUACUGCCAGUCUGGAGUAAAUAUAACUCCGAAAUGGGAUUAUUUUUACUCCUCACCUGGGUUGUUUUUAGUCCUUUUGGAGUUAAUUCAGCUCUGAAAGUGGAGAAAAAUUUUAGGUACAGGAUAACUCCUUUUUUGGGGUUAUUUUAACUUCUCAAUAUCUGGGGUCACUUUUGCUCCUGAAAAAGUGUUCUUUAAACUCCUUUUUGGAGUUAAAACAACUCCCCAAAAAAUAACUCCACCGUAAGGAGUUAAAUUAGCCCACUAGAGGAGUUAUUAUAACUCCUUGAAAAUUACUGUGUGGUAGUUAACACAGUUUUUAAAAAAUAUAUAAAAAAGAACAAGCUACAAAACAAGAUGGUAAUCAGCGUAUUUUUCAAUUUCAAAAUGCGAUACAACAAUGUUAACCUCUUGCACUUUAUUUUUUUAUUACAUCAAUAAAUUAGCACUUGUAUUUGCGCAGCAAUGCCAAGCUCCUAAUUCUCCAAACAGGAUUCUUGCACAGCUUUGCAGCUGCAUUUCAUUAAUAUGAUUUUAAAAAAUAAGAACCCGUUUUUCAUUUUCUAGGCUAAACAGGUUCUUGUUUAUACGGGGUAGAAAUGGCAAAUGUUAGGCUAACAGGUUCUUAGUUCAGUUUCUUACUCGCGGGAUUUUACUGUAGUCAACUUGUUCGCCUCCUACCUGUUGUGAUUCCUAACUUUGUUAUGCUUCCUUUGAAGUAUUUGUUUCAUCAUCCCUGAAAAGCCCCAUGUAUAUAAGGGGAGAGGAUAAUUAGUUGUUCAAAUUUCAAUUUCAAUUUCAAUUCCUCCUAGGAUUCACCGCUCCAUGUACGAAUGAUUGCUAAUUUUUUGAAUAAACAACUGUCCGAUGAACUCAUCAAUCGUAUUGCAGAGCAAUGUACAUUCAAGAACAUGAAGAAAAAUGAGAUCAGUUAUAAGAUUCGGAACGAAGACAGUUCCUUGCUUCUUCGGAAGGGAGUGGUCGGUGGAUGGAAGAAUUACUUCACUCCAGAAUUGAAUGAGAGAUUUGAAAAGGAAGUGUUGGAAAAACUGAAAGGAACUGGAUUAGAGUUUGACUUUGAGAUAUAG